AUGUUUCGAAACCGGGCCAACUCUCAGAAACCGAACGAUGAGCUGCUCGAGAACUUCAAGGCUACAUUUCCACACCUUGCGCAGACGUCGCGAGCGCAAACCAUCAAUAAUCCUCCCGGGCCGACACUCACUGAUGCUCUCGAUGUAGCACAUCAUACUCGGCAUUUCAGCGAUCAUGAAGAUAUCAAAGACCUGGACCCGACCCCGCGAGGGAACAACGAGCCGUGGAGGUUCACUCCUUCCCUCCUCGACCCGAACAGCUUCGCCUUCGCGUCAUUUGCAAACCAGCCACCUGGCUACUAUACUCCUACUCCCGGUGGCACCAAUACCCUCUACCAUAGCUCAGCUGGGGACCUGCACACUCCUGGCUUCAGCUUCGGCCUAGGAACUCCUCUGUCAUUACCUACCUCAGAAAGCGGCGUGCAUGCUGGUCAUCCGGCACCUAGUGGUCAUCUACAUGGCUUUAAUCCUCACGCUAUUGGAACUCAUCAUCACUUCCAAAACCAGAACCCUUUCGCUCUCCAACCUCAGCAUGCACCGGCCUUUGCGCCGCAUCAAUUCACCCAUGGCCCAUCCGCAUAUGAACAUGCACCACUUGCACAGACUCAUGAACACUCUCCAAUGGACAAUGUCAUGCCCGAUGUUGAGAUGCAGGUGCAGUCACCAGUAGUCGCUUUUGCACCUCAGUCUCUGGACGACAACAUUCGGCCUACCCUCACCCAACAUCCCAAUCAAAAUUUCCGAUAUCACGUUACUCUCAAUGCACCCACGGCUAUGAUCAAACAUCCCGACGAAAUCCCGGUAACGUAUCUAAACAAAGGUCAAGCAUACUCGAUCUCGUUAUUAGAUACCGCACCAAUCCAGACUUCCGCAGCACCCGUCAGGUAUCGCACUUUUAUCCGCAUAUCCUUCGAAGACGAGCAACAACGACAACGUCCCGGAGCUUGUUGGCAGCUUUGGAAAGAGGGCCGCGGGACUAACGAAGCGCACCAAAGAGGUGGCCGUCUACAGGCGGUUGAAUUCGUUGAUCCCACUCAGGUUGGCGGCAGUGAAGUCCAGGGCCGACCAAGGGUAGAGCUCGAAUGCUCCUCGUUCGAUGGUUUCGCUGUGACCUGGACACCCGUUCAUAAUUCUGCGCCUGAAUGUUCGAUCGCCGUGCGCUUCAAUUUCCUAUCGACCGAUUUCAGUCAUUCUAAAGGCGUUAAAGGCAUCCCUGUUCGUCUCUGCGCCAAAACAGAACUGCUCAUGAGCGCGGAUGAGUCCUCGCUGGAGAAGCCAAAAGCUGAACUCUGCUACUGCAAGGUGAAACUAUUUAGGGACCAUGGCGCUGAGCGAAAGCUGUCGAACGACAUUGCGCACGUGAAGAAAACAAUCGACAAGUUAAAACAGCAAAUCGCUCAGGUGGAAUCAGGCAUGAAAGAUUUCGGAAAACGAAAACGGAGUGGAUCAAUAUCGAAAGCUACAGCUAGCUCCCGACCAGGAAAGGUUCCAAAGCACAAAAGAACAUGGUCAAUGUCGUCCGCAAGCUCAGCCUCUGGGAGCCGUCCUCCAGCCGAGGAGGACCUGCAUCUCAAAUUGGCUACCCUGCAAGACAUGUUCAGCUCUACUAGGCCAGCAAGCGUGCUGUACCUGAAGGGAGAAGAGCAAGAUGAUCCGGACCUCCACCCUGUACAACUCUCCGGGACACCUCAAGACCUAGCUAAGAUCGAUACAAAUGUGGACACGACCAUGUGGGAGGGACACAGUUCGAAUACUGGCGCAACCUCUUCCAUCGUGUCUCCAACACCAAGCUCACAAUCACUCCACUCCGGGGAGCGCCGCGGCUCUGUGUUCCAGCAUCCAGCUCCCUUCAACCCACCGUCUCGGAUGUCUUCCAAUGAAUGGCGAAAUCUGCCGCAGACGGCAACCGGUGAUCUCAAAACGAUCAGUGUUCCUGCCGGCUCAGAUAUCCCAACUAAGGUGCAAAGACCCUACAGCGACGAUCAUGCCCUUUCCGGGUGGAUCGAAGCUUUGGGUGUAGAUCAGACAUAUCAACCGCCACCCGAGCCCAUGUUAAAGCCAGUUGCAUGCUUCUUCGUUCAACCCAGGGUCGCGGGUAAACAACCCGAUGACAACUAUUUUAGGGCCGUGUACCUGAUGGAACGAACCGUAAAAGCACUUGUUGUCGGAAUCGCAACAAAGAUCAAUAUUGAGCCCACAAAAGUCACCCGGACCAUUCGAGUUAAUCAAAAAGGGCUUCAAAUCCUCAUGGACGACGACGCAAUUCAGGCAAUACCCGAACAACAGGAUAUGACGGCCGAAUUUUACGAAAUCACACCCCCACAAAACCCUAUGAAGCGAGAAUGGGACGCCGGCCCCACAGAUAUUCAGGUGGAUGGCGACGUGGGCGCGAUUGAGAACGUGAACUCUACUGGCUACGAGCUCCGCCUUCUCUUCUAG